GCCUGGCUUAGCAGGCCCCACGCCGCCGCCACCUCUGCCUCCCAGGCAGCCCGUUGCUGCGGGCCACCAUGCUCCUGUCCAGGCCUGGAGACUGACCCUAAACCGCCACCACCUCGCAGCUCUGCCCCCACCUUGUGGACCCCAGGUUCCCGCCCCGGCCCAGGAGGUCAGCCGGGGAAUCAUUAACAAGAGGCCGUGACAUGGCGGAGAAGGAGGGUGGCCGGGCUGUACCAUGCUGCUCUGGACCCAAGGUGGCAGCUCUCACUGCAGGGACCCUGCUGCUCUUGACAGGCAUCGGGGUGGCAUCCUGGGCCAUUGUGACUGUUCUACUCAGGAGUGAGCAGGAGCCGCUGUAUCCAGUGCAGGUCAGCUCAGCAGACGCACGGCUCAUGGUUUUUGACAAGACGGAAGGGACGUGGCGGCUGCUGUGCUCCUCACGCUCCAACGCCAGGGUGGCCGGACUCAGCUGUGAGGAGAUGGGCUUUCUCAGGGCACUGGCCCAUUCCGAGCUGGACGUGCGGACGGCAGGUGCCAAUGGCACAUCGGGCUUCUUCUGCGUGGACGAGGGGAGGCUGCCCCAUGCCCAGAGGCUGCUAGAGGUCAUCUCCGUGUGCGACUGUCCCAGGGGCCGUUUCUUGGCUACCAUUUGCCAAGACUGUGGCCGCAGGAAGCUGCCUGUAGAUCGCAUCGUGGGAGGCCAGGAUGCCAGCCUGGGCAGGUGGCCAUGGCAAGUCAGUCUUCGCUAUGAUGGAGUACACCUCUGUGGGGGGUCACUCCUCUCUGGAGACUGGGUAUUGACAGCUGCUCACUGCUUCCCUGAGCGGAAUCGGGUCCUGUCCCGAUGGCGAGUGUUUGCUGGUGCUGUAGCCCAGGCCUCACCCCAUGGCUUGCAGCUGGGGGUGCAGGCAGUGGUCUAUCAUGGGGGCUACCUUCCCUUUUGGGACCCCAACAGUGAGGAGAACAGCAACGAUAUCGCCCUGGUCCAUCUUGCCAGUCCCCUGCCCCUCACAGAAUACAUCCAGCCUGUGUGCCUCCCAGCCGCCGGCCAGGACCUGCUGGAUGGCAAGAUCUGUACCGUGACUGGCUGGGGCAACACACAGUACUACGGCCAACAGGCUGGGAUACUCCAGGAGGCCCGAGUCCCCAUAAUCAGCAAUGAUGUCUGCAAUGCCCCUGACUUCUAUGGGAACCAGAUCAAGCCCAAGAUGUUCUGUGCUGGCUACGCUGAGGGUGGCAUUGACGCUUGCCAGGGUGACAGUGGUGGUCCCUUUGUGUGUGAGGACAGCAUCUCUCGGACAACACGUUGGCGGCUGUGUGGCAUCGUGAGCUGGGGCACUGGCUGUGCCAUGGCCCAGAAACCAGGCGUCUACACCAAAGUCAGUGACUUCCGGGAGUGGAUCUUCCAGGCCAUAAAGACUCACUCCGAAGCCAGCGGCAUGGUGACCCAGCUCUGACCUGUGGCUUCUCUUCGCUGCACACGCCUCCAGGGCCCAAGGCGAUCUAGGUGGCUCUAACCCCACAUGGUGGGAUCCAUGCUGGGCCUUGGAUGGAACAUUUUUCUUCUUGGGACCAGUCCACAGGUCCAAGGAUACCCUCCCUCCAGGGUCCUCUCUUCCACAGUGGCUGGCCCACUCAGCCCUGGGACCACCUGAGCCUCACCCUCCAACCCCCAUGUAAAUAUUGUUCUGCUGUCUGGGGACUCCUCUUUAGGUGCCCCUGAUGACAGGAUGCUCUUUAAAUAAUAAAGAUGGUUUUGAUUAA